GAAAGUUUUGAAAAUUUUUGUAAGAAAAUUUUACAUUUAAAUGUAAACAAAUUAAUACCCGCGGCUAAAAUACGUGUAAUGUAAUUACUUCUGUAAAUUUUCUUUUCUUAAAUUAUUUUAAGGAGAAUGUAUUCUUCCGUUACUAAGCCUGACUGCAUCACGCCUCGUGACUAUUUGACGGAUUCUGAUUGGCUAAUUGAAGCGGUUUAGCCAAUAGGAAUGCUGUCGGCAGUUGUCGGCUCGAGACGUCAAACUCUUCGCUUCGCGGUUACAGUCGUGAAGAGACACGGGCGAGGUCGUAAGCUUAUACUUUUAAGUGAAAGACAUUUGUCGUCUUUAAUUUAUUUUCACAGUAAAUCAGUUGACUUAUUAGAACAAUCGUGAAUAGUAUAUAUUUAUAAUUUAUAUCGCUAAUAAUUUAUAGUGAGAGGCUCUCUGCCUGCAAAGUUCAUUGUCAAUGGAGGUUAAUAAUGCAGCGAAAAACAAAAUCAAUGUGGAUACAAAUGGAGCAAGAACAGGCUUUGAUCGAUUUCAUAAUUCAGGACCAGACUCCUACUUUUCCUCAAACAAGCCUCAGUUGCAGAACAGCUUCAGAGACAGCGGACUGCUGUCACACAACCCAUUCUUGGAUGGCAAAGACUCUGCAGCACUCUCUUACACAGUUUGGCCAACUCAGGAAGAAGACUGUAAAUCAGUGAACUGGCCUCAAGUCAUACCUAAUAACAGAAAUCUGUUAGAUGCCAAUAACUGUGGGAGUGAGGCUGAUCUUUAUGGAUUAGUGUCAGACAUCUUGGAAGAACCAGAUUCAAUGGACCCAUACUCCUCAUAUGUCUCAGAGAAUAGGCUAGCAUCUAGUCUGAAAGAUGUUUGGUCUCCAAAGUUGACAAGAGAAGACCGGAUGCAGUACUUCAAUAAUGAGGUACAGAUGUCGCCCAUUUCUGGAUUCCCAACGAAACAGAUUUGUCCUAAACCAGUCAGCAAUAUUUCUCCUCAGCCUGCUGGUCGAGAAUCUCAUCAGUGGGCCGAACUUCAGAAUCGUAAUGGUUUUGAUUCUUUUGCACUUCCCUGCAAUUUCUCCACCUGUAAUGGAGAGGCCGACAAGUAUUCUCCUCAAGAUAUCCCUCGCCCCCCAGGCCUGAGCACACCCCCAGCAUUAAGCUCUAGCCUCUACCAGACCGGGCCUGGUAAACUGGACUAUAUUACACCUGAGAAGGAGGAAGGAUACCACAGCACCACUAAUUGCCUGUCUGAUUAUAUAAACUCAGUCAACUCAACUCCAUCACUCAACUCCUGCUGCCCUCCACAAACAAUGGAUGACUCCUAUUUCAGUUCAUCUCAUGAAUUUUCAUGUCUGAGCAAAGAUAAACCGAGAAACACCCAGUCGUUCUCUGUGCAGGAUAUCAGUAAACUGGCCUUUCUCUUGGCAGAGCAGGAUAUGAACUAUUGCAGAGAAUCCACCCAGAAUGGUUUUUUAGCACAGAGGAAUCUUGAGGAAAUCAUGGCAGAGCAGAAGAGUCACGCUUUUCAAAGGAUGUCGGAGCUUAUUACUCAAACACCAGAUUUUAAGAGAGAGGUGACACGCAACCAUAUGGAGCAAAGAGGAGCUAAAGUAGUGGAUAAAAAACAAAGUCAUUAUACUUUGAAUGAAUUUUCAAGGUUUGGGCCACCAAAGACUUUUUCUCCUACCAUCGUGCCUCCAGUCCUCCACCCAAACAGAGAAGCCAGCCUGAUAGGAAGCAGCACCACCCAGAACGGUGUAAAGCAGUACCAGCCUAUCCAUUCAAACCAUUACCAAAAACAAGCUAAGAUUUCAGCAAAGACCAACAGCAACAAUGAAUCACAGGGUUUUGCAAACCUCUCAAACACAUCAGGGGCUGUUCCAUUGCUUCCUUCUCAGCAGUUGUUCCGUCCUGCAGCGAGAGUCUCGGCUGAUUUGAGUCUGGGGAACACACUAAAUCAACAUGGUGCGAUAGGCCAGGUCAGUCUUGAGGAAUUAAGGAAAGGAGCGGGAAAUGUGGAUAUUUCAGAUUUUGACCUCCAGCUGGAGCAAAACAGGUUGUCUGCGGGCCUCAUGGUCGAUGGGCGUUUUUCUCCGUGCUUUGGCAUGAAACCUAAACUUCCUGGUUUCCCUAAAGAGGCAGACAAAAGAACAGGACUCCUGCAAAAUCAGUAUCAGGGACUGGGCAGUUUGUACGGAGGACAAAUCAGACACAACGGAGCAAGUUCAAACUCAGCCAAAGCUAUACCAUCACAACUUUUCCCAUUCCUAUACCAGAUGGGUGAUCCCAGAAAAAGCACAUGCCAUCUGAUUCAGUCACAGUCGCCUUACUGCUCUGUGCCUCUCAUCGACAUGAAUAAACGUCUGCCAGAGGGAGAAGUUUCGCCAUUCAGCCCUUAUCUACAAGAAUGCAUUGGGCUCAGCCAAACAUCAGGAGAUGGGUCUUUCUCCGGGUUUCUGUCGGCCAUGACUUUACCUAAGUUUGGCAAGGCGCUCGGAAGCCCCAACAGUCAACUACACUUUUACUUGGAGGAAUGUUACGAGCAGUGGAGGAUGCUGGAAAAAGAGAGAAAGCAAGCAGAAGCUGUUCUUACAAAGACUUACCCGGGGAAACGUGUGUCUGUGGUGACCAGUAGUGUUUUACCUAAAAUGCCUCCAAACCCCUCCAGACUGGACCGCCUCAUUGUAGAUCAGCUGCGUGAACAGGCCAGGGUGGCAGGUUUGCUAGGCAAAAUGGAGCAGUUGCGCAGUUUUCCGCUUCAUGCUAAUAUUGGCUCAGCAUUAGACAGGCAUCUUGAGGUCAUCUACAUCACUCAGGCACGCCGCAAGGAUGAAUUCAUCAAUGCCAGCAGCAGACAGAGGCAGCCAGCGGCCUCCUUUAGAGAGGACAGGGAGAUCCUUCUGUUGGCAUCUGCAGUGAAGGACCUCUGCAGCAGCACCAGAAAGGCCCGGACUGCUCUCUGGUGUGCAUUGCAAAUGACUUUGCCCAAAACAAACAGUUACCCAGAGGAGAGAGUCGAGCUGGGUACCUGCUCCCCUUUAGGUCAAGACAGCCCUGAGCAAAGCAGCUUGGAGAGGGCACUGACUGCCCUGUGAUAAAUUUCUGGCAGGUAGACAGUUUUUUUGUGUGUCUUUUGACACACGGUUUAACCUGUCCAAAAAAGUGCAAGAGGUGAUGGGAUUGCAUUUUAAGAAGAGUGAAUGAGUUAUUUAAGUUAUUCCACCAAAGUGAUACGUUAGGCUCAGUUGUGGGCAGCAGAUGGAAUUCUUAGUUCAUUAAUAUUUAUCAGUCUUCUGUGAAAACCACCAAUCAGAUUAUAAUCAAAUUCUCCAAAAGACAUGGAAUUAUGGCAGUAGUACUGAGCUAUUUUGUUUAAGGACCCCAGAAGAACUGCCAGUAUAAACGAGACGUUUUGAGAGCGCAUGAAAGAAUGAUUUAACAGUGACAGAAAGAGAGAUGAAAUUAGAAGAGGGAACUUUUAACUGGCGAAUGGUGAUAAUGGAACAGAAUGUAUGGCAAGAGCAAGAUCUGUGGCUUUGGAGGAUAAUGGGAUAUGUUUGCCCAGUUGACCUAGAAAUGUAUAAAUAGUUGCACAAGAAGCAAAAAUGAUUUGUGUUGAAUUUUUUUUUUUUUUUUUUUUUUGACAGUUUAAUUAGUGUCUCCUACAACAUAUUCAAAUCUAAUCUAUUCGAAUCUAAGCUAAUUUUAGUUCCAGUGACACACAUUCAGGCAAAGACAGUAUUUAUGAUCAACAGGACAUGUUCCAGUUGUCCUUUUAUUACUUUACUUAUUUAUGUGCGUGAUUCUUUGGAGUCAGCACUUGGUUUUUAGUGGUCUCACUGAAUUAACAAUGACAAUCACACCUUUCCUAAAUCUGUUUUGUUUAUGGAAAAUUUGAAAGUGAAUUUAUUUAUUUGCAGUUUGUUUAUCUCAAUUCUGAAUUCAACUCCGUAUUCUCUAUAUUUCAAUGUAUGUAUGUGGUCAAUCUGUCUGCGAUGUAACUCAUUUGAGGAUAUAUUGAGUAGCUGAGAGUAACAUCAUUCAUGCACUGAAAUAAAUGAUGUCAACCACGUUACUAGAAAAUGCUACAGAUUGACAUAGUUCAUAUGACGUGUACUCAUAUUGCCUUUGUUUUUUUUGCUUAUGCUUUUGUUCAAGUUUAACAAUUAAACUUACACAACACAAAACCACAGA